CACCACGUGACAGGAGCCGGAACUAAACUCGCAGUAGUUUAUUUCUGAAAGCAGAUGUAAACAGUAGUGCUGGCCGCUCUCGUUCUCUUAUGAGCGGAGCUGGCUUUUCCGUUUCUGUGUCAGUCUGGCUCUUCUGUCACUCGGACAGUCUGCUCAGCUUCUUGUCAUGGGCUCUUUGUAACGCUGAGCGCGUGAAGCGGGCGCUGUGCGGUCAGACAGAAGGACAGCAGGUGAGCCCUCCAGCUAUGGAGACCAUAGAGCCACAGAGAGCCACCACAGCUCAGACUGAAGGAGAAGACUGUCAGAGACGCUUUCAGGCAGCAGUGGAUGUCAUUCACAACCUGCCCAAAAACGGUUCCUACAGGCCUUCCUAUGAAGUGAUGCUGCGCUUCUAUGGUCUGUACAAACAGGCUGUGUGUGGCCCCUGCAGAGUUUCCCGGCCCGGCUUCUGGGACCCCGUUGGCCGCUACAAGUGGGAUGCCUGGAACCGGCUUGGAGACAUGAGUCGUGAGAAUGCCAUGGCUGCUUAUGUUGAUGAGAUGAAGAAAGUCGCACAGGAGGUUAUAGACAGUAUGCCCAUAAAUGAGAAGACAGCCUCCUUUUACCACCAUUUUGAGCCACUCUACCAUGUCAUUCAUGACAUGCCCAGACCACCUGAGGCACUACUGAGUCUGAGACCAGCGAUAAAUGCUAAUGAAUUGGCCGCUAGUUCAGCUGCGGAGGGGGACAAUGGUGCGCUGCAAGAGGAAACAGCCCGAGAGCAAGUACAAGAGCUAGAACUGGAUCUUGAGCCUGUCUCUAACAGUGACCCUCAGAUUGAGAGUGCAGACUUGGCUCCGUCAGAGGUUGUGGUGCUAACUAGUGACUCAGAAAGUGAAAUCUUCUGCGACUCAGUGGAGCAGCUGGACAACAUUAAGGGACAAGACUACAGACCCAUCUCCCAGGUGACCCAAAUGGGCGCCGGGCAGGGUGGAGAGGGGACUGGGGAUGGGCGUGGCCUCCCAAUGAGAAGGAGGGACCCAGGAAGAGAGGGAAUGAGGCAUGGAUGGAGAGAACCUCCUGGGGGUAUUCCAUACAGCAGUGGCAGACGAGUGGGGCGGCCAGCAUCAGGCGCAGGAGGAGGAGAUGAUAGAAACACUGAAAGACUUCAGGAUUGCACUCAGGUGCAGCAGCAGAUCGUGCUGGCGCUGCGCAGGCUCCGAGAAGACAUGCAGAGUGUGAUGGAGCGGCUGGAGGUGGUUGAGGGUCUGGCUGCAGCUAAUGCUCAAAAUUCGCAGUGGAGAUCUCAUAUGCAAUUCACAGCUCAACAGACUGAGGCGGAAAAAUGGUGGCCAUUUGAUGUCUCUGGCCGAACGUUGCUUCUCCUUUUGGUCUGGCCUUUCGUCGCUCAGGGAAUGGUGUUCUUGCUCAGGCGGAAGAAGAAAAAACCUCAUAUAUCUGUCAUAUAACUCUAUCUUAAGCAAGGAACGCUUCAUCCUUGUUACAGAAUCAUCAAUAUAGUGUUUUUUAAAUGUGAACCUAAGGUUAAAGAUAAAGGGGUAAGUGCUGCAGUGGGGUUGUCUAUUCUCAUCUAUAAUGAAGAAAGGCUAAUAUCAAUCUUCAUAGCUACUCUCAGAAGAAAAAGAAUGGCCGUUGAUUGUUGAAACUAAUCUAUUUCGGAUUUUUAUGUGUCUUUUUUUUUGUUGAACAAAGAUGGGAUGUAUAAGUCUGUGUCACUCAUUCAAUAACAGAUGAUAUUUGUAACUAUGUUCCUUUAAAAGUAUUAGCACUAGACUGUAGCCUUUCUAGUACCAGAUUUUAUGUUGUAUGGCACAAAUUUCUGUUCAAAUUGGGCAAUAUGAAUGUAAUCUGUAUGUGUAAGAGUUCUUAAUCAAGAAAGCCUUAAAUGACUUGUAUGGCCUCCACAGUAGGCUUUACUGCAGGCCUACAGAGAUAAACACUAAUGAGAAAAGGUAUUCAAGAGAAUUUAUAAUACCGCCUUGCACAAUUUGUUGAACUAAUUCAGAGGAAUUUACUUACAUUCAACAAAUAUAAUGUCACGUAAAAUAGAGCCUGUCGGUGCACCAAUACUUAGAGUAAACAUGAAAAAGGAGUAAGCAAAAGGAACCGACGCACUCGGCUGCAUGACUUUGAUGAGUGAGCAAGUCCUGGAGUUUUGCUCCUUGUUACCUUUCUUUUUGCGUUAAGUUUCGACGUGUGUGGGAUAAAGCGGUGUUUUGCAUUUCAACAUCUCUUCAAACCCAAGCAAACAUGCCUCUUUAGGCUGCUAUGAACUCUUGAGUAUUUUAUUCAGAAGAUAUCAAUGGAUCAUUUCAGUGUAUUGUCUGCUAUCAUCUGGGUCAGACUCACAUUAUCAUACUGUAUCAUCUGAGGGGAGUGUUGAGCUAGAUUAUUCACCUUAUUCGCUGGCUAAGGCCGCGUUUAUAAAUCAGAAAUACCCGUGUUAUUAAGCUCUCCUUUUUUGGUCGAACGACAUUUCUAUGGCGUGCAGUUCAACUUGUAAAUACCCUCACAGCUAACACAGCCAUGUAGCUUAGCUAAAGAUUGGAAGUUGUUUUGAUACAUUUCAUGUGAAAAUGCGCCCUCAGCGACCUAUUUCAGCCUAUUUUUGGCUCCGUGCCCAUGAAACGACCACAAAAUGAUCAACAGAACAGUUUUCUUGGACGCCAGAUCCCACCGAAAAAGGCCUUCGCGUUUUUGUUAUGAAUGUGCAGAUGUUAUGCAGCUAGCUAGCAAACGUUAGCUUAACUUCCCUAGCAAGGAAUGGACGACUCGGUUUAGUGAACAAGAUGGCUAGGUUAAAUAUGUCCUAUUUUAAACCUGUUUGGUGUAUCAUGCCGUGUAGAUGGAUUCAAAAAUGAUUUGAAACAAACAGAUGUAGACAAAAUGAGUUAUAGGCACCGAGCUAGCUACAAGAAGCCCGCUUAGCUCGUUAACCUAACGUUAGCUGAACCAGCUGGCUGGAGAGAUCCUCCUGAAAAAGGAUUGUUUGAGGUCGGAUACUGUUUGAAUAUCCGUUCAUAUGUGAAACGCAGCAAAAUGUUUUUAUUAAAGUUGUCCUGAAACAAA